CUCUCGUUUCCCAAUUUCAGCCCCUCGCUUGUUGAUUCGUCGAUUGAUUGGUCAUCGCUCUGUCGAUCCCAUCCCUGUUUCCUGCUUCUCCCGUCACUCCUCUUUGCUUUGUAAACUGGCUUUGCGGGCAUGAUCUCUCUGUUCUUCUGCUUCCCGCAUCGUGAUGACACCAGUGUUUGCUACUCUGCCGCCCGCUAGUUGAUUCUGCCGGAACGCUAGACUGAACACGUACCAACUGCUGGAUCCGUCGAGCUCUUCACUACUUCCGACCGUGUUACAUUUGGGCCGGUUUCGCUGAGAAUCUGUGAAAUUCUUCCCCUUUCAGUUCUAGGCUCGCCUUAUUAUCUUGUUCUCGUCAUUCUUGAAGUUGGAGCCCUGUAAAUUUCUGGGCUUUUCUUAGUGAGAAUGUCUAGCCACUAUCCUGAUCGCCCACGACCCCUGAUUCGCUUUGUUUAGGAUAGAUCUUCCAUUGCUUUGCGGAUUUUGCACUCAAAAAGUCUUUUCUCUUUACAGUUCUGACUCGUAAUUGCUUAUCCUUCCCCUACCGCCGCUGCUAGAUGCACUCAAUAGAAAUUGGGAGCUCUUGUGCCUGUGUUUGUAUCUAACUGAAAGCGGCAGCAUCGCAAUCGAGGCGGUUGAUUAGAUACAUACAUGGCUUCUGCUAACCGUGGGAAUGGAGGAGUUGGCAGUUCCAGAUCCAUUCAUGCCUUCAGCAAUUCAUCUAGUUCCGUCGACUGGCUUGGCAGAGAGAUGCUUGAGAUGAGAUUGCGAGAUCGGGUGGAGCAUGAAGAGGAUAGAGACAGUGAACCAGACAUCAUAGAUGGUGUAGGUGCUGAAACAGGGCAUAUAAUAAGAACCACAAUUGGUGGUCGAAAUGGUCAAUCUAGGCAGAGAGUCAGUUAUAUUGCAGAGCAUGUGGUUGGAACAGGUUCUUUUGGCGUCGUUUUUCAGGCAAAGUGUAGAGAAACUGGUGAAAUUUUUGCUAUAAAGAAAGUUCUCCAAGACAAGCGCUACAAGAAUCGCGAAUUACAGAUUAUGCAAAUGUUGGACCAUCCAAAUAUUGUGGCCCUCAAGCACUGUUUCUUCUCAACUACAGACAAGGAAGAGCUGUAUUUGAAUCUUGUGCUCGAAUUUGUUCCUGAAACUGUUAAUCGUGUGGCAAAGCAGUACAGCAGGAUGAACCAGCGGAUGCCCUUGAUAUAUGUUAAACUCUAUACAUACCAAAUCUGCAGGGCACUUGCAUACCUACAUGGUUGCAUUGGCAUUUGUCACCGGGAUAUCAAGCCUCAGAAUUUACUUGUGAAUCCGCACACACAUCAAUUGAAGCUUUGUGACUUUGGUAGUGCAAAAGUUCUGGUGAAAGGAGAACCAAAUGUUUCUUAUAUCUGCUCAAGAUAUUAUCGUGCUCCAGAACUCAUAUUUGGUGCAACUGAGUAUACAACUGCGAUAGACAUAUGGUCUGCAGGUUGUGUGAUGGCUGAACUACUUCUUGGGCAGCCCCUGUUUCCGGGAGAAAGUGGAGUCGACCAAUUAGUUGAGAUCAUCAAGGUGUUGGGUACGCCAACCAGGGAGGAGAUAAAAUGCAUGAAUCCUAAUUACACUGAAUUCAAAUUUCCACAAAUAAAGCCUCAUCCUUGGCAUAAGGUUUUUCAGAAACGUCUCCCCCCUGAAGCAGUUGACCUGGUUUGUAGGUUUUUCCAGUAUUCUCCAAACCUACGUUGCACUGCUUUGGAAGCCUGUGUCCACCCUUUUUUCGAUGAAUUGAGGGACCCAAACACUCGCCUUCCCAGCGGUCGCCCUCUUCCUCCCCUGUUUAACUUUAAGCCCCAAGAACUCUCGGGCAUACCACCCGAGACCAUAAACAGGCUCAUACCCGAGCAUGCUCGCAAGCAGAACUUGUUCAUGGCUCUGGACGCGUAGUGGAUCUUACGACGUCUGCUUUUAGUAUCUUCCCAAAAGGACGGUGUCCGUCUGAAUAUGUAUGUAGAACUUGAAGUCGGUGAGCUGCAUAAUUCCUCUAUCCAGAUUGAUUAUCGGGCAUGUUUGCUUGCAAUUCGGUAAUGAGGAGCUCGGUGUGCUCCAAGUAAAUCUGUAAUGUGUUCGCUUUUACUGCCUGCUGAAAUAUUUUUUGCAUUUCAGCUCCUUUCUUGAAGCUCUCUCCAUUUCGACCUAUAAAAUAUUGUCCGCCAAUUCUAA